UACCAAUAAAGUUGUGUUUUGAACAGGCAGGGGGCUGCGUCACUGCGAUGGCGGCGAGUGGGGUGACUGCAGUAACGGUGCUGGCCCCGAACGGGCGGCGGCAGCAGGUGAAGGUGGCGGCCGGCACCCCGCUGCUACAGGUUUUAGAAGAGGUGUGCAGAAAGCAAAAUUUUGAUCCUGAAGAAUAUACCCUCAAGUUCCAGAGAACACUUUUGGAUUUAUCACAGCAGUGGAGGUUUGCUAAUGUACCUAACAAUGCUAAAUUGGAGAUGGUUACAGCUACACGUCAACGUGUUGGUGGAGCAGAGAGCAAGGUUCGUAUUGCUUUGCAGCUGGAAGAUGGGUCCAGGCUUCAACAUCUCUUUCCAUCUGGAUUGACGCUGUGGGAUCUUCUUCAUCACUUUCCUCAGACCAGGAUUACUGAACAGCAACUGUUGGAAGCUACUCCAGUCUGUGUCUAUAUGAGAGAUGAGAUAGCUGGAGAAUCUGCAUUAAGGAAAACAACCCUAAAAUCAAUUGGACUCACUGGUGGUAGUGCCAUAAUUAGGUAUGUUCUGAAGAAAUCCAUUGUGGAUGGACAAACUGAGCUUGCGGAUUUGGCAACCGUAUCUGACGAACAGCCAGUGAAAAAAUCCAACACCGUGCUGACUGAGGCCGUUGAUGCAUCUGUAGCUCAGUUGGACACUGCUCAGUCUAUGGAUGAAUCUGGCACCAAUGGGUUGAUCACAGAAAUUAACUCAAAUGGAACUGUGGAAGUACUUGCAGAGCAAAAAGACUUGAUGGAAAAACCAAGUCCGGAGGUUGAAGACACUUGCCAAAGGAAAGAAGAUGGAAAGAAAUUGCCAGCUGAAGAGAUCAGAUCAGAGCCAUCAAUAAAACCAAGUUAUGAUACAGAAGAGCCGGAUGUUUCUGAGCCAGCUGUCCCACCAAAGUGUUCUGAUGACUCCAGUGUCCUGUUUCAAGAGCAAAAUCAAAGUUCUGUCCUAGCUGUAGCCCCACCGGCUGGUCUACAGUCAGGCCAAUUAGAAAAAUUCAAACAUCAGUUUACCUCCAAUGAGCCAUCAAAGGCAGCAACAGUCUCUCCUAGUUUGGCUGGUCCACCACAUCCAAAGAAAUCGAAAACUAUCCAAUCAUCCCCAAAGAAGCCCGAUGAUAUUUGGCCACUGCAGUUGGAGAGCUCUGAAGCAUCCACAGCAAAAGAAUAUUUGAAGCCCAUUGACAGAGAGGCACUUGUUUACCAUUUGGAUAACAAAAGCCAAGAGUCACCUGAUUUUGAAGAACUACCUGAUGAAUUCUUUCAAGUAACAGUCGAUGAUGUUAGAAAACGGUUUGCUCAACUAAAAAGUGAAAGGCAAUUUUAUGAAGAGGCUCCAUUAUUAACAAAAUCUAUGAGAGAAUCUCAAAUGAAGGAAAAGACGGAACGUUAUCCUAAGGUUGUAUUGAGAGUGCAGUUUCCUGACAGACACGUCUUACAGGGUUUCUUCAGACCUCUUGAAACAGUUGGAGCACUGAUGGAAUUUGUGAAGAUGCAUCUGAAGGACCCAGACAUUUCAUUUUAUUUAUUUAAAACACCACCUAAAGAGCUUCUGAGUGAUCCAGCAGUCACAUUGUUCCAGGCAAACCUAUUUCCUGCAGCUCUUGUCCACUUUGGCUCUGAAGUUAGAAUGGAUUGCUACUUAUGUGAAGAGUUUGUGAAGGCGCCCUCCUCUGUCUCCCAGGCAGACCUUGCUGUAACCAGCUGCAUUCCCAGGUGUUCGACCCCCUCUACUAGUUCACUGACUUCCGAAGCAGCGUGUCAGCCCCUUGCAAGCCGCAGGGAAGACGACGAGAUGAGGAGAGCACCCACAACAAACGCAGCAAGUUCCAAGCCAGUUCCCACUGACCCGAAUAAAGUUCCCAAAUGGCUCAAGCUGCCAGGGAAACGUUAAGAAGAGGAUGCACUGAUUAACUUCGAAGAGUGCAGGUCAAAUAACACCGAUUGCUUCUCCAUGAAAACGCCUUUAUUUUGCUUGUUUUCUGAAGAACUUAGAUGAUCUAAAUUUAUGAAUCGUGUAAAAGAUUUGUUCCUAGAUUAGCAGGGGGUUUUACAAUAAAGUCGAAAUUGAGUGCAAGUGGGGCUGAUUGUG